AUAUCAUCUCAGCCUCCUGCUUCGGCAGCCAAUAGCGUGAGUGCGAGGGCGGGGUUACUGCCGGUGGGCGUGGCUUGCAGUGGUCAGUGUGGUUAGAGGAGGAGGUUGGAGCCGCUGUCAGUGCGGGCGGAGAGCAGUGACUGACAGGUACAGUACAUAGACUGCAUGCCCAUGGUCAGCAUAGAGCGGCCAUACAGCCAGGGACUGUCCUUCUCAGCUCUACUCUAUCAUUACUGUGGGGACCAGACAUAGCAGCCAGGGACUGUCCUUCCCAGCUCUACUCUCUAUCAUUACUGUGGGGACCAGACAUGGCAGCCAGGGACUGUCCUUCCCAGCUCUACUCUCUAUCAUUACUGUGGGGACCAGACAUGGCAGCCAGGGACUGUCCUUCCCAGCUCUACUCUAUCAUUACUGUGGGGACCAGACAUGGCAGCCAGGGACUGUCCUUCCCAGCUCUACUCUAUCAUUACUGUGGGGACCAGACAUGGCAGCCAGGGACUGUCCUUCUCUGCUCUACUCUCUGUCAUUACUGUGGGGACCAGACAUAGCAGCCAGGGACUGUCCUUCUCAGCUCUACUCUCUGUCAUUACUGUGGGGACCAGACAUAGCAGCCAGGGACUGUCCUUCUCAGCUCUACUCUCUGUCAUUACUGUGGGGACCAGACAUAGCAGCCAGGGACUGUCCUUCUCAGCUCUACUCUCUAUCAUUACUGUGGGGACCAGACAUAGCAGCCAGGGACUGUCCUUCCCAUCAUUACUGUGGGGACCAGACAUGGCAGCCAGGGACUGUCCUUCUCAGCUCUACUCUCUAUCAUUACUUUGGGGACCAGACAUAGCAUCACUGGCAGUGCAUCAUGGAAGCUGUGGUUUUAUCAAACUGGUCCCUCUGCCUCCCAUAGUACAGGGUUUUUACAUUGAUUAAAGGGACACUAUAGAAUCCAUUUAACCCAAUUAAAGCAGGCUUUGCAGCUUAUGAUAAAGACCAAUUCUUUAUUAAAAUCUGCUUACCAGUGAUAUUAACCCCUUAACGACACAGCUCCAGCAACGCUCUCGCCGUCUAAGGACUUUGUAGCGUUUACAAAGACGGUGACAUCACCGCUUGGGGUGUGGGGGCAGGGGUCUGGCAAAGGUGAGUUUUACUUACCUGAACCUGUCCAUCAUGGGCGCUGUUCUCUUCAGCUCCUGGCGCUGCGUCUUUAAACGAAGGAUAAGCAUGACGGAAAUUACUGUCACGCUUCCUUAAGAGGUUAAAAUGUGCAAAAUCUUAUUUGUUUUUGUUUUCUUUUAUAGUGAUACUUAUACCAGGUCGCAAAAUUUCCACUCACUCAUAACAAGCUAAAUAUUUUUAGCCAAGGCGUGUAGAAAUCGAUCCCUGGUGAAUGUGUCAUGGGCUCUCGAUACUUUUAGUGGGGAGUACAUUUUAUUUAAAGGACUGACGAGAAGCAUAGGACUUGAAAUUUAAACCCUGUUUUAAAUUGACACUUUUUCUGUGUAUGUAUUGAUUUUUAUAUUGCUUUUUCUAUUCAGUGAGCCUGGGAAGUAGCUGACACUGAACAGCCAAUUCUAAAUUUCUUCUGUUGAUUGUUUGAAAUGGGAGCUGUCACAUGAACUUGAACUGCAUCGGCUCAUGCUUCUCCUUGCAUGUUUGUGCGUCUUAAAUUAAACUAAAACGAGCAAAAGGGCAAUAUUUGCACAUAAAAUUGGUUAAAGGACCAUUCUAGGCACCCAGACCACUUCAGCUUAAUGAAGUGGUCUGGGUGCCUGGUCCAGCUAGGGUUAACCCAUUUUUUCAUAAACAUAGUUUCAGAGAAACUGCUAUGUUUAUGAAUGGGUUAAGCCUUCCCCUAUUUCCUCUAGUGGCUGUCUCAUUUACAGCCACUAGAGGCGCUUGCCUGCUUCUCACUGUGAUUUUCACAGUGAGAGCACGCAAGCGUCCAUAGGAAAGCAUUAUGAAUGCUUUCCUAUGUGACCGGCUGAAUGCGCGCGCAGCUCUUGCCGCGCGUGCGCAUUCAGCCGCAUGGGAGGAUCGGAGGAGGAGAGCUCUCCGCCCAGCGCUGGAAAAAGGUAAAUUUUUACCCCUUUCCAGAGCCGGGCGGGAGGGGGUCCCUGAGGGUGGGGGCACCCUCAGGGCACUAUAGUGCCAGGAAAACGAGUAUGUUUUCCUGGCACUAUAGUGGUCCUUUAAGUAUUUGUCAGCUUAAAAUCAAUAGUUUAUUCACUAAACUUAACUGAAAUUUUAGUGAAGCCCAGAUUGCAAAAUAUAAGCAGAUAUAGUAGUCCAAUAGUCCAAAUCAGCUCUUAUGGGCUUAAUUGUGAUAAUCAACUUUUCAGUUUGCUAAAAUACAUUGUUGCUGCCAGCUCCACGCAGGGUCACAGUCCAAAUAUUUCAGCUCUUGAUAGAUAAGCCUAUGAUCUGGAGAGCAUGUAUUUGGACUGUGACCCUGCGGGAAGGACCAAGUACUAUUUUUAAAUGGGGACUGUCAGUAAUGAGGGUUUGCCCAAACCAGUUGCGAACAAAAAUUUAGUUAUGCAUUGUGCUGUUUCUUUUUUAAAAAAAAAAAGUGGGGGGGGGGGGUGGUUAUGUGCUGGGUGCAUAGGGUCUGUGGUGGGGGGGUAUUGGUUGUAGUACGUCCAUGGGAAAAUAUGGGCUGUAGUAGGUGCCAGGGGAUAGGGCACCCCAGCAGGUGCAGGCCAUGCUGCCUCAGGCUGAAGCCGCAUAAAGUAUCAGAGUGUUGCCAUGAUCUUUUACACCUGCAGGAGAUGCUAUAUUUGGGCUGACCGGUGAUCUCCCCACUGGCCGGGAGUGUCAGAGCUCCUUGGGAUUGCAGGGGAGAUCAUUUGAUUUUCCCCUCCGGGCAUUUGCCUUUUCAGUAGAGGCCUCCUCUGACGUGGCAGAGCCAUUUGUCGAGUUGCCUGCAAUUGCCAAUAGCCAGCCCUGGGUUAAGCAUUUAGCUGUUACAUUCAAGUUCUGUGGCCUUUCUGCUUUGGGUUAGGUACAUCCUUCAUCGAUUACCUUAAAUGUCUCGUUGUAAAAUUAUGUUGAUAAUUCUGAGGUCGUUUGGUAUUUACUUUAUGUAUUAGAUGAUUAUUUGUGGUCACAAACAUAAAUUCUACCCAUUCACGUUCAUUGAAAACUUCUAUUACUUUUCCAUUUUGUAAUCUAUAUUUUGAUAUUAGCCGUAUGUGUCUACUCUGUUUGCAAUAACUUAGUCUGUUUACCUUCUAGGUUCCUCUUUCUCUGUACGAUGGACCUGCUCGUAUACAUUGGCUGUUUGCUCAUCUUGUUUCUGCUCUGGAUUAAAACAAAAGGAUUAGAAUAUGUCCUUGUCCACCAGCGCUGGAUUUUCGUUUGCCUCUUCUUGCUUCCCCUCUCUGUUGUGUUUGAUUUGUAUUACUACGUGCGAGCAUGGCUGGUAUUUAAAAUGUGCAGUGCACCCAAACUCCAUGAUCGCCGGGUGAAGGAUAUCCAAGAUCAGGUGAGAUCUAUAAAAACUUUCUAAAAAGUUGCAUAAUUUUUUAGUUCCUGCAGUUACACACAAAUGUAAAGCAGCACCUGAAGAUGACAUUGGAGUGGUCCAAUGAUGCAGUUUAAGGUAGAUAGAUUUUCUUGAAUCUGUCUGGGGGCACCACCAUCUUAUUUACUCAGCUCUUGACACUUCAUCUGCCAGGAGUGGAACCAGUGCUGUACUCUCUUGUAUGUGAGCAAACUAAUCUAUUUUAGUCUGAAGUCUUUACAGCGACCACAGGUGAGAUAAUUGUAAACUGUGCGGUUUAUCAGAAACAGAGCUGUUCUCAUCUGCAGGGCUAGCAUCAUUAAGAUUAAAUUAUUUAACGUGGCCAUUGAGCUUCAUGUUCAAAUACCUGAAUAUUUGUUAAUCUUCCUCACAGUAGGACUCAACUACCCAUACAAUGUAUUAAAGGAACACUAUAGGGUCAGGAAAGCUCACCUUAUUUCCAGUGCCACGCAGGUCUGUUUGCUCUGCCCCCAAUCCACCUCCUUGGCUGACAUCAUUAGAAUUGAUGAUUUCAGCCAAUCAAAAUGCUUUCCCACAGGAUUGGAUUGCCUUAGAUCGUAAUUUCUGAUGUUCAUCAACCAAGGAAGUGGGUUGGGGCGGAGCAUAAGAAAUAAAUCAUACUGGUAUACAAUAAAACAGUGGCAAAUUCACAAUGGUAUGAUACAUAAAUAUACAAAUAAACAAAGUUGUAAAACGCAUCAGUAAAUUCAGCAGAACAUUGCAUAACAGUUGUUUAACUCUUUAUAACAGUGGUGUCCCACCAGGGUUUUUUAUUUAAGAUAAAACAUAUGAAAACUGACCGACCAAAGAAAGAGCAUCCUCAGUUCCAGUGCUUAGGUCUUACGUACUUUGUAGCUCACAUUGAGGAUCACGGUAUCAAGAAUCUCGACCCUACAUUGUAAGAACUAAUAUUGCAAGUCCACUUUUCUAGACCAAGGAUCCUCACUUAUUCACUGUGAAUCAGUGCAUCUCUAUGGGCAAAGUUCAGCAUCUCCAUGCAGAUUGUGGAGACGCUGAAUGUCGGUGCUGCACCACAUUAUGCAGCACUGCCCCAGGAAGCCCCUCUAGUGGUUGUCUGAGGAGUGGCCACUAGAGAUGUUCCUAGGCUGUAAUGUAAACACUUUUUUUUUUCUCUGAAACGGCAGUGUUUACAUUUAAAAAGCCUGCAGGUACAGGCUAUAGACAACAGAACAGCCACAUAGCUACAUUAAGCUGUAGUUGUUCUGGUGACUAUAGUGUCCCUUUAGAGAGAGAGAGAGAGUAUGUGUGUGUGUGUGUGUGUAUGUAUAUGUGUAUAUAUAUAUGUAUGUAUGUAUAUAUAUAAUUUUUUUUUUUUUCCAGGUCCCAACACUCAAUGUUCCCGGUCUUUUCCAUGCUCCGGUGCAAGUAAUCUCUGACCAAUAUAUAUCAUCCAAGUAGAGAGCACUCUGGAGUCUUUGUUUUAUAUCAAAAUAAAUACUGCUUUAUUGUGCAGAAUACAAAAAUGUCGACGUUUCAGUCACAAUAGACUUUUCUCAAGACUUGAGAGUGCUCUCUACUUGGAAAAUAUAUAUAUAUAUAUAUAUAUAUAUAUAUAUAUCUCUAUCUAUCUAUCUAUCUAUCUAUCUAUCUAUAUCUCUAUCUAUCUAUCUAUAUCUCUAUCUAUCUAUCUAUCUAUAUCUCUAUCUCUCUCUAUAUCCGAAGAAUAAUCCAAGAUGCACUCUCAGGACUUGUGCAAAAAAAAUUCUGUUUUAUUUAAAUCAUGUGAAAAAGAAAAACCAACGUUUCGACCUCUGCAGGUCUUUUUCAACCUUGAAAAAGACCUGCAGAGGUCGAAACGUUGGUUUUUCUUUUUCACAUGAUUUAAAUAAAACAGAAUUUUUUUUGCACAAGUCCUGAGAGUGCAUCUUGGAUUAUUCUUCGGAUUUAAUUGUCAAUUACUUGAAAGCCAGACUGCCCUUUUAAUUUAUAAGAAAGUAAUAUGUAAAAAUAUAUAUAAAUAUUUUUACAUAUUACUUUCUUAUAAAUUAAAAGGGCAUUCUGGCUUUCAAGUAAUUGACAAUUAAAUCCUAAAUCUAAUGGCAGUUGAUACAAAGGAGAUGGGACAUUGUCCUGCACUCUUGUUUCAGUUUUUAUUAAACUACAAUGGGUAGCCAACCUCUUUGUGGAGGAGAACAAGAACCGACAUUAUUAACAGUGGAUUUGAAAAAUUAGAGAGAAAAGAGAGAACUAAGAGCGAUUGAACCAAGAUGAAACAAGAGGAGGCGUUGGGCAGGUUCUUACUAAGGUAGUGUGUAAAAAUGUAUUGCUCUGCUUCUGGCUCCCACACCUCACUCACCCACAUUAUCAAGUGAAAUACAGCAAGGUGACUAGAACUCAUUCUGGGAUUGAGCCAUUCUAGGUAUUCGUCCUUCAUGCUUUCCGUAUUACUCUGUUACUCAUACAAAGCCUCAUCUAUGAGAUUGGGAAUGAUCUAAUCAUAAGAGAGGCCUGUAUGUUCGCAGUUAGAGCCUGAUGAUAUCUAUUGGAGGUGGACAUAUUCUGCUUACUAGUUAUCAACACAUUCUCCAGGUAAGAUAUGGAAUGCCCUGCUGCCAGUUCUGUGCUUUAGGGGCACUCUAGGUAUCUUAACAAGUAGAGCAUAUUGCAGUGGGUAUAGUUCAGCUAGUUGUUGGGUGCUGUCCCCCAUGUUUUGCUGGCCUGAAAUUCUGCAUUAUGUCAAACACGUUAUCAAAUGCAAAUCUGCACAACCUAAUAAUAGGCUGAGAGCAGUAGAAAUAGUUUUGGGGAAAAAAACAGGAGACUGCUCAAAGACUUGUUACACUAAAACCACUACAUAUAAAUAGUGUGUGUGUGAAUAUAUAUUGUGGGAGGGGUUAUCCGGCUAUUUAAACAGCCUACCUCCUCUCCUAGGUCGUAGCUGUUCAGAUUGCUCCACCCCCUCCCAUUUUUUCUGUUAAUCAUUACCUUGGUAGGUCCUCUUAAUUUACAGGUCUACCCUACCGUCUGUUCCAGCAAACCACAACUGACUUGUUCAUUUACCUCUUGGCUUUUGCCCUGAUCAUAAAUAAAUAAACCGUGUUUAUCUUAUUAUUUAAUGCUUUUUAAACAUGAUUAAUACAUGUCUUCAUUGCUUUUGGCCUGUUUAAUUGAUGCAUGGAACGGUGGAUCUUUUUCCAGGUGCGUCAGUGGAAAGCAGAAGGGACUAAACGUUUUAUGUGCACUGGAAGACCAGGUUGGCUAACAGUGUCCUUGCGCGUUGGGAAAUACAAGACCACCCACAAGAACAUAAUGAUCAAUCUCAUGGACAUCCUGGAGGUGGACACAAAGAGGCAGGUAAGUACCAUGGAAUAAGGUGUCCGAACUAGAUUCUCAGCUAUGCCUCUAUUUUGGCUACUUUGGCCUUAAAUUUGACAUUUUCACUCUAUUUUACCUUUUUAUUUCAAAUCCAUUUUGAAUUCUCACCUUAGCGAAAAACCAUGUAUGUUAUUCCUCAAAGUGUGGAUUGUUGGGAAUUCAAAAUAGAUUUCAAAUUUUACGUAACAAUUUCUUUAACUUAUUCUACCUUCAUUCCAGCUAUUUCAGCCUGAAAAUGUGAAUUCACUUUGAGAUCCCAGCAGUUCAUACUUAAGUAAAUAACACCUUUUAGAUUAUUUGUGGCUGAACUAGGUUAAGAUCCGGUGUGGUUUGCUCUGCAGGACAUAGCUGGUUUGAGCUGCAAAUUCAAUGGAUUUGAGGAUAAAUUGCUUGUUCUGGCCAGGCAGGGUAGCUGAAGCAUCUCUGCAGGGACUAUUUGAAAAACAUUACAGGCUGUGGUUUCUAUGGCUGGACUGUAUUUCAAAACGACCAAGGGAAGAAGUGGCACCUAGACAAUGGUUAUCAUAGAGGAAAGGAAAUAUCAGAAAUGGACUAGUGCUAACUCACAUGGGAAUUGGAAAGAGUCAAGGGUUGCGAAGUAGCAUCCCAGACAUUCAAUCUAUUCCUACCGAACACUUCCCCUUUCUCUCAUCCUCCCCACCCCCUUUUUUUUUCUCUCUUCUUUUUCCUCAAUAUCUAGCAAGCACUCACACCAGACAAAUGAACCCAAUGCAGAGUGAUAAAUGUAGCUAACACAGAGACAUAAUAGAAUGAUAUGACUAUAGCUAGAACACCUUGGAAGUAGUUAUCCUACUUGGGGAAAAAUGGAAGACAGGAAAACAAAGACAUGACGGUAUUUGACGGGAAAUACUGAACAGUUCGAGGAUGAGGGACUCAAUUGUAAUCUUUAUUUACUAAGAACUAUGGUGACAAAAGAAAAUGUAUAGGUUGUAUCUGAAACUGAGAGUAUGAGGUACAGUAUAAUUAGAAACCUCUUUUGUUGCUCUUCCAAAUUACAAUUCUUGUUCUUGGCCCAUGGAAUAACUCAAAAUGUCUUUGAAUAAAGAAUGUAUUUAAAAAAAAAAAUAAACUGCUUUCUGUAAAAGUUAUACUUCUUUUUUUUUUUUUAUUGGUAACCAUCUAAAAAUAAAAUAGCAUGUUAGCAGGGAAACCCCCUCAAAAACACAAUUGCAACACUAGAGCCUAACACAUUUCUUGAGGGGGUGGGGGGGAAAGCAGCUUGUUUGAAUUCUUCUAAAUAGUAUGUUGAUUUUAUUGGUCACCCAGGUACUUCUAUAUUGAUAGUUAAAGUAGACUAUCAUGCCUGGGGUUGGAUUGCACGGUUUAAAAAAAAUAAAUAGAGAUAAAUCAGUGUAAUUUAAUUAUAGGCAUAACGAUCUCUCCUUUUUAAGAACCUGUAUUUCUUACCCUGCUAGGUUGUGCGUGUGGAACCAUUAGUCAAUAUGGGUCAGGUGACUGCUUUACUCAAUUCAAUUGGCUGGACGCUUCCAGUUUUGCCAGAACUUGAUGACUUAACUGUUGGUAAGAGAAAUUUUUUUUUUAUUUUAACAAAAGUGCUCCUGCAUACCAGUUGCUCUCCCCACAAACAUGUAUCCCUGACCCUAUAGUGUUAAAACCACCAUCUAGCUCCCCUUGAUCCUUCUUGCUUCCCUAAAUAUUGUAACAUCUUACUUGUAUUCAUGUCUGCAGCUGCUGGCUCCGCCCCUGUCUGCCUCUGACCUGCCUCCUGUCUGCUGACCUCAUCAGAAGUUGUGGUCUGAGCCAAUCACAAUGCUUCGCCAUAGGAUUGGCUGAGACUGUCAAGGAGGCAGAUCAGGGGCAGAGCCAGCACAAUUUAGACAGCCCUGGCCACAUAUCGCAUAGAGAUGAAUUGAAUCAAUGCAUUUCUAUGAGGAAAGUUCAGUGUCUCCUUGCAAAGGGUGAAGACACUGAAUAGCAUCACUGUUCACUGUGCAGUACUGCCCCAGGAAGCACCUCUAGCAGCUAUCACUUGGCUGUAAUGUAAACACUGCAACUUCUCUAAAAAGACCGUGUUUAAAGCAAAAAGCCUGAAGGGAUGGUUCUACUCACCAGAUCAAAUGCAAUAAGCUGUAGUUGUUCUGGUAACUACAGGGAGUGCAGAAUUAUUAGGCAAGUUGUAUUUUUGAGGAUUAAUUUUAUUAUUGAACAACAACCAUGUUCUCAAUGAACCCAAAAAAACUCAUUAAUAUCAAAGCUGAAUAUUUUUGGAAGUAGUUUUUAGUUUGUUUUUAGUUUUAGCUAUGUUAGGGGGAUAUCUGUGUGUGCAGGUGACUAUUACUGUGCAUAAUUAUUAGGCAACUUAACAAAAAACAAAUAUAUACCCAUUUCAAUUAUUUAUUAUUACCAGUGAAACCAAUAUAACAUCUCAACAUUCACAAAUAUACAUUUCUGACAUUCAAAAACAAAACAAAAACAAAUCAGUGAACAAUAUAGCCACCUUUCUUUGCAAGGACACUCAAAAGCCUGCCAUCCAUGGAUUCUGUCAGUGUUUUGAUCUGUUCACCAUCAACAUUGCGUGCAGCAGCAACCACAGCCUCCCAGACACUGUUCAGAGAGGUGUACUGUUUUCCCUCCUUGUAAAUCUCACAUUUGAUGAUGGACCACAGGUUCUCAAUGGGGUUCAGAUCAGGUGAACAAGGAGGCCAUGUCAUUAGAUUUUCUUCUUUUAUACCCUUUCUUGCCAGCCACGCUGUGGAGUACUUGGACGCGUGUGAUGGAGCAUUGUCCUGCAUGAAAAUCAUGUUUUUCUUGAAGGAUGCAGACUUCUUCCUGUACUACUGCUUGAAGAAGGUGUCUUCCAGGUACUGGCAGUAGGACUGGGAGUUGAGCUUGACUCCAUCCUCAACCCGAAAAGGCCCCACAAGCUCAUCUUUGAUGAUACCAGCCCAAACCAGUACUCCACCUCCACCUUGCUGGCGUCUGAGUCGGACUGGAGCUCUCUGCCCUUUACCAAUCCAGCCACGUGCCCAUCCAUCUGGCCCAUCAAGACUUACUCUCAUUUCAUCAGUCCAUAAAACCUUAGAAAAAUCAGUCUUGAGAUAUUUCUUGGCCCAGUCUUGACGUUUCAGCUUGUGUGUCUUGUUCAGUGGUGGUCGUCUUUCAGCCUUUCUUACCUUGGCCAUGUCUCAGAGUAUUGCACACCUUGUGCUUUUGGGCACUCCAGUGAUGUUGCAGCUCUGAAAUAUGGCCAAACUGGUGGCAAGUGGCAUCGUGGCAGCUGCACGCUUGACUUUUCUCAGUUCAUGGGCAGUUAUUUCGCGCCUUGGUUUUUCCACACGCUUCUUGCGACCCUGUUGACUAUUUUGAAUGAAACGCUUGAUUGUUCGAUGAUCACGCUUCAGAAGCUUUGCAAUUUAAGAGUGCUGCAUCCCUCUGCAAGAUAUCUCACUAUUUUUGACUUUUCUGAGCCUGUCAAGUCCUUCUUUUGACCCAUUUUGCCAAAGGAAAGGAAGUUGCCUAAUAAUUAUGCACACCUGAUAUAGGGUGUUGAUGUCAUUAGACCACACCCCUUCUCAUUACAGAGAUGCACAUCACCUAAUAUGCUUAAUUGGUAGUAGGCUUUCGAGCCUAUACAGCUUGGAGUAAGACAACAUGCAUAAAGAGGAUGAUGUGGUCAAAAUACUCAUUUGCCUAAUAAUUCUGCACUCCCUGUAUGGUGUCCCUUUAAUAUGCUCAUUUUGAAAAAUUAACCAACUCUGCUACAGUCACAGCUUGCCUUUUUUUUGCCUACAUUUUGCAGUUCAAUAAUGAAUUCACUAUAGUUAGAUUAACCCUCCUUCUUCUUAUUUUUUUUCCCAUCCCCUUCUCCUCCCAAAAGCUUGCAUGUUCACUAGCUUAAAUGUCUUCUGACAAAUAUAGAUUUAUUCUACAUUCUGUAUAACUGUACUUCCAUUUAGGAUUUGGUUAUUUGAAGUAAACUUUUGUUCUAUAGGUGGUCUAAUCAUGGGAACAGGCAUUGAAUCCUCGUCCCAUAACUUUGGUCUAUUCCAGCAUAUCUGCUUGGCGUACGAGCUUGUCCUUGCUGAUGGAAGCUUUGUGAGGUGUACCCCAGUAAGAAUAUUUUUAAAUUUUCCAAUUCACCCCCCGUUUUAAUAAGUGUGGAAGAGGAAUGAUAAACUACUAUGCCUAUUAAAUAAAGUAUUUUUCAGACAGAAAAUUCAGACCUUUUUUAUGCUGUCCCAUGGUCUUGUGGCACCCUCGGAUUUCUGGUCGCUGCCGAAAUAAAGAUCGUUCCUGCUAAAAAGUACGUCAAACUACACUACACUCCAGUGAAAGGCUUGGACAAGAUCUGUGAGAAGUUUUCCAGAGAGUCCAAGAACAAAGAUAACUACUUUGUGGAGGGACUUGCUUACUCUGCCGAUGAAGCCGUUAUAAUGACUGGUGUCCUAACUGAUGAUGCACAGCCUGAGAAGGUAAGGUAGAUGUUUAUUACUAAGCUUAAAGAGACACUGUAGACACUGUAACUGCUUCAUCUUAUUGAAGUUGUUAUAGUGUCUGGAGCUUUUCUAAACCAUUUUUAAUGUUUUAAUGCUAAAUUAGAGUCCACAGCAGCCCAUCCCACCCAGAAUUGGCCUGGGCAGCAGUGAUUAACUGAGGGUGUCAGCGGACUACUUUCAGCCAAUGACAGCUCCCGUUUCUGGUACAAAUUGGCAUGACUAGAAGGAAUUGUGUACUCUGUCUUAGCCACACCUCCAGUAGAGGCGGGCCUGGGUGUGGCCAGGGAUACAUAUUUAGUACAAAAAACUCUUUUAAAAUGGUUUAACACUGAAUUAAGGGACCGUGCCAGUGGGCUGCAUGGAUUAUAAUCUAGUCACAGAGAUGAAAUGGUUAAAGUGCCUACAGUGUUUCUUUAAUACUUUGUAUUUUAGAGGGGCAAUUUAAGAACUCUAACAACUAUGCAAUGGUUAUGGUGAAAAACAAUCAUUGGUGUCUGUUCCACUGAUUUGUGUUAAACUGUAUUUGAGCACUUCCUGACACAUAGAAACAUAGAAUGUGACGGCAGAUAAGAACCAUUCGGCCCAUCUAGUCUGCCCAAUUUUCUAAAAACUUUCAUUAGUCCCUAGCCUUAUCUUAUAGUUAGGAUAGCCUUAUGCCUAUCCCAUGCAUGCUUAAACUCCUUUACUGUGUUAACCUCUACCACUUCAGCUGGAAGGCUAUUCCAUGCAUCCACUACCCUCUCAGUAAAGUAAUAGACACGUCUGAAUUCUCCCAGCACACAAAUACAGGUCUCUCUCCUAUCACUCUGCUAAUGCACAAAUGAAUUAACUGGUCAGUCUGUCAAUCGCUGGGAGGUAAUUAUAGGCUGAGUGCUGAGCAUGGAUUGGCCUUGAGUUUGACGGGAAAAAUUUAUCCUAUCAAAUUGUUCUGGAAACAUUCUAAACCACAAAAAUGAAACUGUCUUUAGAGCUCAUAGCGUUGUUGUGACAGUUUGUUCCACAACAGGUGGAGUUGAAAUAUACAAAGACACACCCUCUCCUCCUGUUUCCUUCCCUCCUCUCCCCAUGGCUAUUUCUGUCUGUCUGUCUUUUUCUCCCUAGCCCUUUCUCUCUUUGACAAUCUCGAUUUUCUCAAAAGCUGUCCCAUCACUCUCUAUGUUUAUCCUUGGUCUCUCCUCUCCGUAAACACUCUUUCCAUGAUUACUGUUACUUUAUUUAUCAUUAUGAGCCCCCUCCUGCUUUCUUAUAUAUUUUUUUCCUUUGAGGGUUGUCGUCCUUGGUGGUUUAGCUGAUAGAUCUGCAAAUAGGGAGAGACAGAGCUGUUGGGCAUAUAAGAAGUAUAUUACUGCACAUCAUUUCUUGAUUGGCCUCAGUACAUUAUCUGCGAGCAGAUAUGGUGAAGACUGAGCAGGGGGGGAAUGCUCUCCUUCCCGCACGCAGAACUGAGGAGACAGAGAAACCUAAUCACUCCACUUCUGGAGACAAACCACAUGUUUGAUACUUCCUGUCAUUCAUUUGUUGGUGAGCCGAGUAGAAAAUUUCUUGUUUCUCUUCAUUUGCAGGUAAACAAGAUUGGACAUUAUUGGAAGCCAUGGUUUUUUCGUCAUGUUGAGACUUACCUGAAGAAAAAUCACGAUGGAAUAGAGUACAUACCUUUGCGUCAUUACUAUCACAGGCACACAAAAAGUAUCUUCUGGGAGCUGCAAGUAGGUCUAAUUCAUAAAUCUAGUUUAGAAAAAGACCAGCCAGUAAACCUGUAAAGAGCUUCCAUAUCUGCUUUUGUCGUUCAGUAUUUCCAGUGCAGUGGUCGCCAUUUCCUUUCUUGCAUUGUAUCUCUACAGCAUGCAUGGAUUAGAUUCUGAAACCCAGUCACUCCAGCACCACAUAUUCCACUAAAACGAAAAUAUUUACUAUGUGAUGAUACGUAUAACAAGUUUUUCCUUACUGUCUAGUAGGUUUUUCACAUAACUGCUUAAUCUUAAAGGACCACUUAGCACCCAUAAAGCCCUUCAGCUUGCUGACUUUAUGGGUGAGAACUAUCCGACUUUAACCCCAGUUUAUAAAAGUGCAGAUUUCUAUGAGAAAUUGACACUUUUAUAUUUCAGUUAUGGAUCACCCCCUGGAUGUCACCCACUGCGCUAACAGAAGUGGCAAGUACACUCUACGCUACGUGACUGCCUCCUCUCCCUCAGACCAGCAUCUUCAGUAACUCCAACACCUCCACAGACCCCAGUUCAGGCACGAACCAGCGCCCAUGCUCACCGAUUCAGAUUAUUAAAUAUUUUAUUACAUUUCCAGACUUUAUAUGAUUAUUUUAAUAUGUCUUCCUUUCUUUCAGGACAUCAUUCCUUUUGGCAAUCACCCAGUCUUUCGUUACCUCUUUGGCUGGAUGGUACCUCCAAAAAUCUCAUUAUUAAAGCUCACCCAGGGAGAGACUAUUCGAAAACUGUAUGAACAACAUCAUGUGGUGCAGGACAUGCUGGUCCCAAUGAAAUGUCUAAAGCAAGCGAUCACGGUGUUCCACAAUCAGAUCAACGUAAGUUUGGAGAUGAGCCUAGUCUUCUCAUUUCGGUCUUCAUGGGAGUCUGUUUGCAUUAUUUAUGUGGUUUCAUGGUUUCAGUUGUGUUUUUUUGUUUGUUUGUUUUUCGGUCUUCUUUCAUGUGGUUUGAAAGCUAGUCUGUUCAAAAUAAAAGCUCUAUGCUGAUUGUCUGCAUUUUAGGCAAUCAAAACACUGUAGAUGUCUGGCAAUGGCCUGGUAACUUAAAAUACUCAGAUUAACAAAUAAUGACCACCUGCCAUCUCCUAUAAAAUGCAGGUUUUUGGAGCAACUGAAAUAGUUAUGCACCACAAUUUUUAUAUACACUUCUUUGGACUUCUCCAAAUGUACUCUGUAACAUAAUCAAAGUUAAAAUUCUAACCAUUGCAGACGGGAUCAUUUACUAAGGUGUGAAUUGUUGGGAAUACAAAGCCGAACUGGAAACAUGGCUGAUUUUGGCCUUAAUAAUAACAUUCACUUUCAAUUCCUAACAAUUUACAAUUUUAUUAAAUUAAAUUUUUGGGUUCAACAACUGUUAACAAAAUCAGCCAGACAUACUUCUAAAUCAAAGUAGGAAUUGAAAACCAUACCCAGAACAUGCAUUCUUUCAUAUGGGAAUGUAGACAAAAUAUAGUCUCAGAUCUUUCAAAAGUAUCUCAGAUAAAAAUACAAGAAUAUAAGCAUUACUGUGCAUAUAGGAAUUGGACCUACCAGGUAAUCAACCGUGAUCCAUUUUUAGUUACACAUUGCUUUUAAAGGAUUUAAAAAAAUGUAGUAAUUUUAUGCCACAUUGAUUGUGAUCUGACUUCUUCCUGAAGGUUUACCCACUUUGGCUGUGCCCCUUUAUACUGCCAAGCAAUCCUGGCAUGGUGCACCCUAAAGGAAACGAGACAGAGCUGUACGUGGAUAUAGGGGCAUAUGGCGAACCACAAACUAAACAUUUUGAUGCUAAAGCUUCCAUGCGACAACUGGAGAAGUUUGUCAGGGAUGUCCAUGGGUAAGAUAAGUCACAUGCUGGCACUUUACACGAACACAAAUAUUGUAUUAUGACUGGUGAGACGCAAAUCUACAUAGAAAGUAGAUGUUAUAAAACAUAACAAACAAGCAUUUUCUUCCAAACUGCACUACAUUGUUGUGCACCACUCGUUGCUCUGCAGCAACUACAUUGCUCAUUAUCCUAAUACUAAAUGUUACCCAAGCAUCAUGAGCGAUGUAGUUCUACUACAAUCGGCGUCAUACUGAUUGGUUACUGAUGCUGCAUACUAUUACAAUAAAUGUAAUCCAUAAAACCAUUUUCAAAUGGUUUAACACUGAAGUAGCAGUCCCCUGGCGCUGUUCUGUUGCCUCUCCCCUUCGGCUCACGCCAAUGUGGAAUCAUUGGUUUAAGCAAUAAAGGGCUGGCACUGAAAGACUCUGAGCCUGGCCGCCCAUUGCGAGUAAAAUGUAAACGUGUACAUUUAUCAUUUGUAUUUGUUUCACAAUGGUUUCUCUGGUGUCUCUCUCUGAUUGGGUCCCCAUUUUGAGACAUAAUGUAUGACCCUUUUGUUUUAUUUAAAUGGAAUCUAUCAUCGAAGGUAUGCGGAAAUGUAAUCCCAACACCCAUACUGUUGCUGAUACUCUGCAUAAUUUCCAAUAAAAAUGUUUGGAUAACACAAAAUAAAGAUAGAUGUUUACACUUGAUUUGCAGUCAGUGAUAAGCUGAGAAUGUCAACUAACGGCCUGUCACUGCGUUUCCUUCCUUUCUCUGCUCAAGCUAAUACUUCUGCAUUAGGCCGAGCACAGAAGGAGAGGAGGCAGACUAGUGCAUGGGAUCUACUACUUCACUUCAUUGUUAUAUUUCUUUUUUUAUUGUAAAAAGUAACAAAACAAUAAUCAGACUCUGUGCAGAAUUCUAAGGAGCCAGGUGAGGCAUAGUGCACACAACACAUCAGCUGAACUAGGAAGGAGGCUUUCAUUGACUUCUCCAAACUCUGGCCCUCCAGGUGUUGUUUAACCACACCUCCCAUGGUUCUCUGGCUUUUUAUUUUAUUCAGAGAGUUGUAGCAACAUCUGGAGGGCCAGAGUUUGGUUAACUCUGAUCUAGUGAAUUCAGUAUCUAACUCACCUCACAAAUAAGGUGGUUUAAUGCCAGAAACCAAGAAAGUAUGUUACAUGGAAAAAGUUAGAAUAUGAAGAGAGGGAGAAAAUAUGAAACUUAAUAUAAAUAUAUAUAAUUUAUUUAAAAAAAAAAAAAAAUUGAAGAAAAUUGGGUGGGGUGGCUGAGGUAGACUGACCAGUAGUUGUAGCCGGGGCAGACAGCCUACUAGUUGCAGCUUUUAUGAAGUAUUUGCUUUACAAGAUAUUAAAUCUAGCGACUGCUUCUAGGUAAUUGCAUGUUUAUCAGAAGUGCUGGCGAAUGAAGCCAUUAAUAUUUCCAUAGCAUUGAUCUCCACCAGUCUUGCUAUUCACUGCCUAAUGGGGGCCACAAAUGGCUGAUUGCAAAGGGAAGAAAUCCAGGACUUGGCAGCAGUCAAGUGGUGGUUUGUUAAAGACUUAAAUUGGCAUGCUGGAACAGUGCCAGAGCAUUGCAGCAGGUUAGAAAGGGGUUUCCUACCCAGCAAUCUCAGACAGUGUAUUGUUUGAAGCCCUCCAAUAGGGAACCUGCACUGGGCUCUGACAUUAUUUUAUGACUGGUUUAGAUAUUUUAGGUUGUGUUAUUAAAAAAACAUAACAUUCUAUUUGGUGAUCCAGAUCACUUUUCAUUUCACCUGAUCAGCCUUUCUUUCUUGCCUCAAAUCAGGUUCCAGAUGCUGUAUGCCGAUUGUUAUAUGAGUCAGGAGGAAUUCUGGGAAAUGUUUGAUGGAUCAUUGUAUUGGAAGCUGCGAGAGAAAUUAAAUUGCAAUGAUGCUUUCCCUGAGGUUUAUAAUAAAAUCUGCAAAUCGGCACGGCACUGAUGGAACAAAUACAGAAAAAGGAUAAAUCGGACACUUUAUUUUACACUUUGUUACAUCCGAGAACUGAAGCUUUUAUAAUAAAUGUAAUUUUUUAUUUUUUUUUGAGCUACAAGCAAAACAAAGAGAUCUGAUUAACUAGUCCUGCCUGGUCUCUGCUGAACUUAGUCAACUAGUUUUGCUUUGACUGAUCUGGAUUUGGUCAGCAAGUCUUGUGGUUCUGUUAUGCCUCUUCUGGAUCUGGUCAGAAGAUAUGUUUGGACAAAGGAAGUCUUUGGUCAUAUAUAUGUAUUUAAUGUAAAUAUGAGAUCUCACAAUUAUUGGAAGCUCCAAUGUAUUCUGACUUAAAAGGACUAACAUGGCAAGAAGAAAAAAAAAAUCCCUGCAAACCAUUUUAAUUUGACCUUUUUAUUGACAUUUUGUACCAAAUAAAUGCUUUGUAACUGUGUUUAAAAAGAGUUUGUAUAUGAAGUAAGAAUACACAGCACAGUUAACAGGCUGAACGAUCUGUGAACGAUCUAUCCACCUGGUUAGUGAAAGCUGAAUAGGAUUGAGUUAGGAAUUUGAGAAAGCAAAGUUUUUUUUGUUUUUUAAUAAUUUUUUUUUAAUUGGUCCGUGUAAGUCUUUCUGCCUACAGCUUGACCUCUGCCCUGGUGAGCUCUCUUUUUGUGCUGCCAAUAGUCUGCCAUGCCAUGCUCUACUGUCAUCCCUUUUUGACCCAGUUCUGCCAUGCUACAUUCUUCUACUUUGAUGACAAUUCACACACUUUUAAAUUUUUUUUAUUUAAACAUUGGCCACAUUUCUUUGAGUAACUUCAGUUUGAAGUUGUAGUAACCAUUUUUUGCCAAUGGCUCUGCAUUUUAUAUUACACUUUUGUGUAUUAUAAAGAUCUUUCAAUAAUGCGUUGGAACUUAAUUCACCUGUAUUGAGUCAAUGCAACAUCAUAUGCCAGACCUCCCUUAAACAUUUCUUGACUCUUUUAUGUUUUUUUUUUUUAAUAAGUUCUCUAUUUAUUUAAUCCACGAGUGGUUAUGUCAACUACAUAUAAAAUAGCAUGGAUUACACAAAUACAUUCUGCAGUAGAACCAAUCUAUCAUUAUGAGCAAAGCAUGUAGAAUGAGGUUCAAUAGGAUAAGAUAAUAAAAACACAAACUAAAGUAAAAUUAAAGACAAACUACCAUUUCCGUUACAAACAGUAGGAGUAGGUGAUAAACGAAGUGUGCUAUACCCCUGUAGGAAUUCUCCACCGUUCCGGUGCAGCAAUAUUAUCGUCAGGUUAACUGUCCGGUAACCGGUGAGGAGGGGGAGGAAUGGAUUGGAAAUAUUAAACUCAAUACUGCAUUUUAACAGCCUAAAGGUGUAAAUACUUGAAGAAUGAACAUAAUGCUUUUCCGCUGGUGCUAAAACCGUAUUAGAAAAGGAGCUAAAAGAAAAUGGAGCAGAAGCCAAUUAGCCUUAAAUAUCACAUAAUUGAACUGCGGCUUUUGGUGGUGGAACUUGGCAGUCCUCAGGAAGACAAGAGAGUCUUGACUUCAGGUUACAGCUGUUUAGGUCGUUUCUCUUGUAGGUGCUAGGUGCUGAAUUGUGCGGGGAGUGAACUCUGCAAUAGUGGAAGGCUACAACUGUGAUAGAUCCCAGCCAUUUGCACUCAGGGGCUCUACAAGGCCUAACUUGUGUAGAUGUAGUAUUUCUAGAUCGAAGGAGUUGUAAGAGUGGCUGCAGGGCUCUUUGCCACAUGAUAGGGCUUUUGGUGAGGCCUGGGAACAGUGACAGAGUGGAGCUCUCAAACAGUAAGGCCCCAGGCAGCUGCAAAGUGAAGGACCUUAUCCUGAAGCAAUUGAAAAUGGACAAUUAGGUCUGCUUGCGCUGCUGUUGAAUGCUGUCGCCGGCUUUGGUAAUCGAAACAUCCCGUUGAGCUUCACCACUUUAGCUUGUUUAGGCAACAACAGGGUGUUUAGUAGGUGUCGGACAAUAUGAGGUAAGAGAGGCCUAUAUAAUCCUGAAUACCUUGAAUCUUUAGAAUAUAAUGCCUCUGCUGAUUCUCUAUAGCAUGGUGCCAUUGGUGGCCUGUUGUUUUUGGAUCACGGCAAGUUUGUGCUCCAUGGUAGUUAUCCUGGAGUCUUGGAUGCUCUCUGUAGCCUCCAGAAGGGUGAUCUGAAAAGUAGUGCCGUCAAUGGCAUCCUUGAAGUAGGCCAUAGCCAUGGAUAUUUGCUUGAAGUUCCCCCACCAUAUUUUUUUUAACUGUACUGCCAAGACUGGCUUCCCUAUAUUGGGUUACUUGUGUUUGUGUCCUGUCAGCAAUGCAUGGUCGAAAGAUAUAUCUUCUGAGGAGUAUGAGGAUUCUUCAUCUCCCCUCACCAUCUUGUGCCAUGCAGACUUUUGUGAGCCCCACAGGAGGUCGCCGAUACAUCAGGUGGUUGGACUUGGUCAGCCUUUGUUAACUUCCUGAGACUAGUGAAGGGUUUGGCAAGCGGGUGGUUGCCUGUUUUCCACUCUAAAACUGCAAUUUUAAAGGAUCAAGGCACAUAGCCCAAAAGAGAGGGUCUGCUCUGACCCUAUGCUUUCCCUCCCCC